GCAAGGAUAGCGCUCAGGGAUUUUUCUGCAGAGGCAUUACAAGGAAUUCUGUCGAUGAAUGCUCCUGCGUAGGGAUGGAAUUUGAACUGUGACUGAAUGAGUUGGAUGGUUGUUUGAUUUGUUUUUUUGCAUUCCCGCAAUGGAAUAUGUUUUGUUUUUGUUUCAUACAGUCUGCCAUAAAACUUUGAAGAAGAAGAAGUAGAAGCAAGGAUAGCAUCACUGUUGAAACCUUGACAUUUUACACCACAAAUUGUUUUUUAAAGGCAAAUUAUUGAAAAUAUAAUUGAAUUCAUGAAUACAUCAAAUAAUAAUAAUUCCUAAAGUAUUAUGCAUACAUAGCAGAAAACCGAACUUGAAUCGAUCUUGCAGCGUUUGCUUUUUCCUGAAUCUGAAGGAGGAAGUAAGCAGCCAGCACAGGCUUUCGUUUUGUUUCCCACUAGAUAACACAGCCACAAAUAUGUUUUGCCAUAUCGUAAAAAUUCAUGAAAACAAAAAUGUGCUUUUGGGGUUUAUUUAAGGUUACGGUUAGGCAUUGUGGUUAAGGUUAGUUUUAAAAUCAGAUUAAGAAUGCACAUUUUUAGAAAUUGGCGGGGUUUAUGACUUUGUGGCUGUGUUAACUAGUGACGACCUUUCGUUUGUCACACCCUACGCAGAUGUUAAAGCUUCAGUUUACUUUUAAAAACCGCGUUGAUGAGACAAUCUAUAUGCUAGUAUGUUUUAUUAAACUGUGAACAUACUGUCCAGUUUAGACGAUCGUGAAAACACUGAUGUCAAAGUUUCUCGAGUAUUGCGCUAUUUGAAAAAUUGAAGUAGUGUCUAGCCUUGUCUCACUUAGUUACAGUGAGUCACCAAGUUAUUGCAGUUCACCGGAUUGCCAGACAACACGAAUGCACCAAGGGCCAAAAAGAUGGAAGAGAAAGCAUUAGAAGUAUACGAUGUCAUUCGCACUAUUCGAGACCCAGAGAAACCUAACACGUUGGAGGAAUUGGAUGUCGUGACGGAAGAAUGUGUUGAAGUCCAAGAGCUUGGAGAGGACGAAUACCUCAUAAUUAUAAAGUUCUCCCCAACUGUCCCACACUGUUCUCUGGCUACACUAAUCGGCCUGUGCUUACAAGUUAAACUGCAAAGAUGCUUGCCGUUUAAACACAAGUUGGACAUUUACAUUUCUGAAGGAACUCAUUCUACCGAGGAAGAUAUUAACAAACAGAUCAACGACAAGGAGAGAGUAGCAGCUGCUAUGGAGAACCCCAAUCUGCGGGACAUUGUGGAGCAGUGUGUUACCGAACCUGAUGACUGAGCCAAGGGACUGACAUCUCAGGGACUUUAGACCAAGGUAUUCAAUAGGUACCAAAUGGAAGAAAAUGGAUUAAAACGGGUGUACUACCUGAAGUUGUCCAUUUAGAAACGUUCAUUUUCGCUUUCCUUUGUAAAACAUUUUGCGACUGUGUACCCUAAUGAAUGCAACCCAGCCAUCAACUUAAAAUCUUAGCCAUCGUGGAAUGUGUUUGUGUUUUUAUAAAAGUGCGUAAGGAGGAUAUGUCGGCGAUUACCUGAGCGGAACUGUUCAAAUUUCGUAAAUCCUUUUUGUGAAUAGCCACCUUGGUAAAAAAGAAGUCCAAAUCAGUAACAGAAUUAUAACUUCAAGUUGUUUAUUUUAAUCAUGACAGAAUCACAAGGGGAUAAGAUGAAGAGUUGCAGGAAAUGUGAGAACUAACUGGGAAGUUUUUAGACUUCUGAACAACGUCCCUCGAGAACCAUCGUCCCAGAAUGGACAGCAGUGUAUAUGGCUUACUGUCUUGUUUGAUAUUUUUCUAACAUCAUUAUUGAAAUGGAGGCACAGCUGCAAGUCUUUUCAGAGAGCUGAAAACUGGGCCAGGGGAAACCGGAAACAACAAGCUGUCACAGCUCUGUCAGUUGGGAACAUCAGGGUCGUGUUCAUUAGGCACCAGAUGUAAGAAAACACAGUGAAAUUGGGAGGGACUACCUGAACUUGUCCAACAAUAUGCGCUUAUUUUCGCUUUGGUAUGUACUAAUGAACAAAAAUGUGUAAUUAAUCACAGGAACGGAAACUUAACAACAUUCACAUUUUUACCCAGAUCCAAGUAAAAGUUACAAGGUAGUGAUUGCUGAGUAAUCAAUCCUCCUGUAUUUGCCCUCACGCAUUGAAUCAUUCAGCUUUUUAAUUGUUGAAUGAAAUAUGAUUAUUUUAGGUAUGUGUUUUUUAAGGAAAUGUGUAAACUGAUUUUAAAAUCAUGUCUAGGAAAUAAAACCUCUUCCUAAAAAGCUGAUUGUUUU